AUGGUCCUAACAGAAUAUAAAAUAAAAAAAACUCAAUUUGCAGGGGCUUCAUCCUUGAACGGGCAGAAGAAUAAAAAAAUUCUCUCUUCUUCCUCUCCCAAACUUUACUCUCCAUCUACUUCAUCAUUCCUUGAAUCACCAGAAAAACUCUCUCUAAAAAGGUCUCCCCAAAUUUCUGCUUCCACUCUCCAAUUCCGAAAGGAAUCACUUUUCAAUUCUCCCUUCAAUUCUAUCUUCCAUAAUCUAACUUCACCUUCAACCUUCAGCUUCUAUUCAUUCUUCAACUUUUACCUUCAUCUUCACCUUCAACCUCAGCAAGCCUUCACCUUCUCCAAAUCUCUGAAAAUUCAUCACAUCAUCAACACCAUUUUUUCUGCAUAG